AUGGUCCUUGCAGAGCAGACCGUCCUCAUUACUUCCAUCCUGGUCACAUUCGGCGUUUGUCUUGCAAUUACAAAGUUCGCCGCCAAGCAUCUCUUCACCGGUUUCGAACCUCUUCAGUUCUACGACGCUGCCACCAACCCAAUGGAGAUCAACGUCGUUCUCGCUUUCGUCGUGGGCUUGAUGCUCUCAGUCGGAGCUUUGCUCUACUUUGACGCACAGAAGCUCAAGCCCGUUCUGAACCCGACCCAGUGGCAGCAGUACCGUCUCAUGGAGAAGCAGUCGCUUUCGCCCAACACUGCCCUCUACCGCUUCAAGCUUCCUCGCGCGAACAACAUCCUCGGUCUCCCUAUCGGUCAGCACAUCUCUGUCCAGGCCAGCAUCAAUGGCAAGACCGUGAUGCGCUCGUACACUCCUACCUCGUCGGACGACGACCACGGAUUCUUUGACCUCGUCGUCAAAUCGUACAAGCAGGGUAACAUCUCCAAGUACAUCCGCGAUAUGAAGGUUGGCGAUCUUCUCUCGGUCAAGGGCCCCAAGGGUCAGAUGCGCUAUACUCCUGGUCUCGCUCGACACAUCGGCAUGAUUGCCGGCGGUACCGGUCUCACUCCAUGCCUGCAGAUCAUCCGCGCCGCCCUCAAGAACCCUGCUGACAAGACUCAGAUCGACUUGAUCUACGCCAACGUCAAAGAGGCUGACAUCCUACUCAAGCAGGAGCUCGACGAGCUGGCCAUGAAGCACAAGGGCCAGUUCCGUGUCCACUAUUUCCUCAACGAGGCCCCUGAAGGCUGGAAGGGAGGUGUUGGUUUCGUCAGCAAGGAGGCUAUCCAGGAGAAGCUUCCUCGGCCCGCCAGCGACAUUAAGAUCCUUUUCUGCGGACCACCACCGAUGCAGAACUCGGUUAAAAAGCACCUUGCUGAGCUCGGAUACAAUGAGCCUCGUACCGUCAGCAAGCUCGAGGACCAAGUGUUCUUCUUCUAA